AUGAAGCCCUUCUCAUGGGCAACGCUUGCGACCCUGACAACUCUGGUGUCAGCUUUGGGACAGCAGGCCAUCGUCUCGUUCAAAAGCGGCGACAACACGUUCCAGAUCGCCGGAGGCAAUGUCAAAGCCGGCCAGAUUCUUGUGUCCAGCGAGGACUACUGGGGCGUCAUUCGAGCUGCCGGAGAUUUGGCGGUAGACUUUGGUCGGGUCACCGGCACAAAUUACACUCUCAGCAAUGGAGAGGGCGGCGCGAAACCUGCCGUCUACAGCUACGCUCCCGUCGAUGUGAGCAACAACACGAUUUACCGCGUUCAAGACAAGCAAUCCUUCGACGGCCCCAAGUACUCCGACCCGGCCCCGGGCAGCACCGUCAUCAUUGCCGGCACCAUCGGACACUCAAAGUACAUCGACGACCUCGUGAAGGCGCAGAAGCUCAAUGUCAGCGAAGUCGAUGGAAAGUGGGAGGCUUUCGUGAGCCAGCUGGUCGAUGAGCCUGUUGCGGGAUGCUCCCGCGCGCUCGUCGUUGCCGGCAGCGACCCCCGAGGAACCAUCUACGGCAUCUACGAUGUAAGCGAACAGAUUGGCGUGAGCCCUUGGUACUUCUGGGCCGAUGUGCCCACGAAGAAGGCCAAGGAGAUUUACAUUCUGCCCGAACGCAAGGUUCAAGGUUCGCCGUCGGUCAAGUACCGUGGUUUCUUCCUCAACGACGAGCAGCCGGGGCUUUCCAGCUGGGUGUCCACGCAAUGGAAUGAUACUUGGAACAACGCCGCGGGGUACAACCACCAAUUCUACAGCCUGGUGGGCGAGCUUUUGCUCCGCCUGCGCGCCAACUACCUCUGGCCGACACUCUGGGGCAGCAUGGUCUACGUUGACGACCCGCUGAACCAGCCACUUCUCGAUGCGUACGAGGUUGUGCUCGGCGGUUCUCACACGGAGCCUCUGAUGCGUGCUCAGAAUGAGUUCAAGUCGUUCUACCAAGGCCAGUGGGCCUACAACCUCAACAACCAGACGAUUGACGAGUACUUCAAAUAUGGAGUUGAGCGUGCCAAGCCGUAUGCUCGCAAUAGUCUGUGGACCAUGGCCAUGCGCGGCACUGGAGACACGGCGAUCGAGGGCGACUUGGGUGUCGAGGGUAUCAUCACAAUGCUGGAAAAGCUUGUUGCUAACCAGCGCAAGAUCAUUGCCGAUGGCCUCGGCAUUCAAGAUGUCUCGACUGUUCCGUCGCUGUGGUGCCUAUACAAGGAGGUGCAGUCAUACCAGGAGAAGGGUCUUCAUGUACCCGAGGAUAUCACUCUUCUCUGGGCCGACGACAACUGGGGCAAUGUCAGACGACUGCCUCUGACCAAUGAGACUGAUCGCAGCGGUGGUGCCGGUGUCUACUACCACUUUGACUAUGUCGGUGAUCCGCGCGACUAUAAGUGGAUUAACACGAUCCAGUUGGAAAAGACGGCGGAACAGAUGUACCUUGCCUACGCGCGAAAGGCCGAUCGUAUCUGGAUCGUCAACGUGGGCGAUCUGAAGCCUCUCGAGAUCCCCAUCAGCCACUUCUUCGACCUUGCAUACGAUACCGAGAAAUGGGGCCCUGGCAACACGCAAGGAUGGCUGAAAUCCUGGGCCGACCGCGAAUUUGGGGCCGACCACGCGGCGAACAUCACAGACAUCAUGACCCGGUAUGGAAUGUACGCUGCUCGCAGGAAGUACGAGCUGGUGGAGCCUCAGACGUACUCGAUCAUCAACUACAACGAGGCGGAUGCUGUCUUGGAGCAGUGGGCUAUCCUGCACGAGCAGGCCCUGUCUGUGUAUGAUUCCCUCGACAAGGAGUACCAGCCCGCGUUCUUUGAGAUGAUUCUGCAUCCCAUCAUGGCGGGAGAGAUUCUUCACAAGAUCCAGAUUAACGGGGCCAAGAACCAGCUCUAUGCCGGGCAGAAGCGAAACCUGGCCAACGAUGUGAUUGACCAGUCGAGGGCUCUGCUGGCGGCUGAUGCCAACCUGACCAUGAGAUGGAAUGACCUCCUCGAUGGGAAGUGGCAGCACAUGCUUGACCAAACCCAUCUGGGAUACGAUGGAUACUGGCAGCAACCCAUGCGAAACACACUCCCCGAUAUGCGUUUCGUCCAGACCGCGUUUCCAUCUCUGGGUGGCCAGAUCGGCGUCGGCGUCGAAGGAUCCAACGCCAGCGUGCAGGGAGACGACAAAUGGCACACCAACUCCGCCAACGACCUCUCCACUCCUCCUCUUGACCCGUACGGUGCCGCCACUCGUUACUUUGAGAUCUUCACCCGCGGCAAUCAGGCUUGCGAGUGGAAGGCAAGCCCGUGGCAGCCGUGGGUCAAGCUUUCGCAGUACAGCGGCGCCGUCGGCGGCGACAACGGCACUGACGCCCGUGUCUUUGUGUCCAUCGAUUGGGAGAACGCACCCAAGGCCCCCAACACCACGCAGGUGUACAUCAACGUGGCGACCCCGUGUCGCGGGAUGGAGAGAUACGCUGGCCAAGGGCAGAGAGUCAUCGUUCCCGUUGCCAACCGCGCCGUUCCGUCAAACUUCACCAAAGGCUUUGUCGAGUCUGACGGGCAUGUGUCCAUCGAGGGUCCUCAUUACCAGAGCAUCGUGCCCGCGAGCAAUAACGCGAGCAACAGCAGCCUCAAGUACCACACCUUUGAGAAUUACGGCCGCACUCUCGGCGGCGUCGGCUUGUACCCUGCCAACGCGGAGAAGGUCAAGCUUGGGGAGGGCCCCGGCCUGGAGUACAACAUGUACCUCUUCACCAACACCAGCAAGGCCAACGUCACGCUGUACCUCUCGCCGUCUGCCAACUACCUCGGAGAUGGCAACCCGCUCGAGUACGGAAUCUCGCUGUACCCCACCGGCGGCAGCGAGCCUGAGCCCAAGAGGGUCCAGCCGGUUGGCAAGACGGAAGGCGCGAACAUGCCCGACGGAUGGGGCUAUGCCGUGGGCGAUGCCGUCUGGGGUCUGACUGGCAACUACACGACGACAUCAUUCAACGUCACCCAGGAGGGCGCGUACACGCUGCGGGUAUGGGCUCUCAUGCCGAACAUCAUCGUGCAGAAGGUCGUGGUUGACCUCGGCGGCGUGCGGAAGUCGUACCUCGGGCCCCCGGAGAGCUUCCUCGUGGGCCGGGACGAGCAGGGCAAGUACAACCAGACAACGUUCAGCAGCAGUCCUGGCGUCGUGGGAAGUGACGCGACGCGACUGGCGCAGAAGACAGACAAGAAGAGCAUAAGCACGAGGACGUGGGCCAAUAGCGCUGUGACAUGUGUGUUUGCUGUGGUUUUGGGUGUUGUCUUGAGCGUGUUCUAA